AUGGCUCAAGAAGCCAAAGAACAAUUUGCACGGGGUAUAGAAAGCGAGGCCUUUAAUCGUCUUGAAGAUAUCGCAAAAACUAUUAAUGUGCUGAAAGACUUUAAAACAAAUAUUGAACAACUGAAUUUAAGGCAUUCCAUGGCUACGCCUCAUACUACGCCACAAGCAUCUCCAUCAACGACUGUGCAGCCUAUUGUACCACACCAAAAAACAAAUAAGAGAGCUGUGACUGUAAAAUACGAAAAACCUAGGAAAGCGAUAAAAUCGAAUGUUGAAGAUACUCCUACCAUAACAAGCGAAGUGUAUUCUGUUAAUGUUCGUGAUUUAGCUAGUACUAGCGAUCAUUUUGCCCCGCCAUCUCCAAUUUUUGCUCCACAGGGUGUUGUACUUCAAAAUCCGACACGCACACAUACACAUGCACCGUUAGAUCCCAUGCUUUUGAAAAAUCUUGAUGAUAUAUUCAUAAGCUUUUUACAAACCAUUUGUUCUAAUUUGGAUGCUACUGAUUCCAAGGGUGAACAAAUUCAUCAGACUUUAAUGGCAAAAAAGAUGCAAAAGUUGGAUGAGUCUCCUGACUUUCGUCCGUUCAAAUUUCGAAUUCAAGCAUUCACUAAUGCCUUCCAUGAAGAAUUACUUCGUCAUGGAUUUAACGAAGAUAUGUUACCGUUAAGAAAAGUGAAGAAUUAUUUGUGGACACAAAGAUAUAUCUCUCGAUUUAAUGAGGAUGGUAAAAAAGCCAAAUCCAAGGGUAAUCAUGUAUGGAAUAUUGAAGCCAAAAAAACACCUGCUGGUGGGUGGAUAUUUCGCGAGUUUACUCGCAAAAUAGCUGGAAUUCCUGACAAGAUUGCUUAUGUUGGAACAAAAUAUACUUAUGCCCCUCGAGUUUGGGAUCCACAAGUUAAUGUUAAAUCUAUAAAAGCUGUAUUUCACUCACCAUGGUUACCAGAAUGGCUUCGUUGGGAAAAUAAUAUUUUGACAGGUACUCCCGAUAUGAAUUCAGAGACGUGUGAAAUUACAGCAAUUGCAAAUUAUUAUCACGGUGAUACUGUUUAUAAGCUUGAAAAAUCUUUUGUCAUUACUGUGGCACAUAUUGAUCAAUCUGAACACGAUUUGAAUCUCAAUUCUGUAGCUAUGGCUGAUUAUCAAUUGCAACCUCAUAUCGGUUAA